UCGGCGCCCGCUGCCGAGGCCGCGCCCCCUGUCUCUGCCGCCACCAUCGCCGCAGCCGCGGCCACCGCCGUCGUAGCCCCAACCUCGACGGUCGCCGUGGCCCCGGUCGCAUCUGCCUUGGAGAAGAAAACAAAGAGCAAGGGGCCCUACAUCUGCGCCCUGUGCGCCAAGGAGUUCAAGAACGGCUACAACCUCCGGAGGCACGAGGCCAUCCACACGGGAGCCAAGGCCGGCCGGGUCCCCUCGGGUGCUAUGAAGAUGCCCACCAUGGUGCCCCUGAGCCUCCUGAGCGUGCCCCAGCUGAGCGGAGCCGGCGGGGGAGGGGGAGAAGCGGGUGCGGGCGGCGGAGCAGCCGCGGUAGCCGCGGGUGGCGUGGUGACCACGACCGCCUCGGGAAAGCGCAUCCGGAAGAACCACGCCUGUGAGAUGUGCGGCAAGGCCUUCCGCGACGUCUACCACCUGAACCGACACAAGCUGUCGCACUCGGACGAGAAGCCCUACCAGUGCCCGGUGUGCCAGCAGCGCUUCAAGCGCAAGGACCGCAUGAGCUACCACGUGCGCUCACAUGACGGCGCUGUGCACAAGCCCUACAACUGCUCCCACUGUGGCAAGAGUUUCUCCCGGCCGGAUCACCUCAACAGUCACGUCAGACAAGUGCACUCAACAGAACGGCCCUUCAAAUGUGAGAAAUGUGAGGCAGCUUUUGCUACGAAGGAUCGACUGCGGGCGCACACAGUACGACACGAGGAGAAGGUGCCAUGUCAUGUGUGUGGCAAGAUGCUGAGCUCCGCUUAUAUUUCGGACCACAUGAAGGUGCACAGCCAGGGCCCUCACCAUGUCUGUGAGCUCUGCAACAAAGGCUUCACCACAGCAGCAUACCUGCGCAUCCACGCGGUGAAGGACCACGGGCUCCAGGCCCCGCGGGCUGACCGCAUCCUGUGCAAGCUGUGCAGCGUGCACUGCAAGACCCCUGCCCAGCUGGCCGGCCACAUGCAGACCCAUCUGGGGGGGGCCGCCCCCCCUGUCCCGGGAGACGCCCCCCAGCCACAGCCCACCUGCUGAGGGGGACCCCCGCACCCACCAGGUACUGGUGAGGUCUGUCCCAUGGCGGCGGCAGCGGCGGCGGCAGCAGCAGCAGCAGCAGCGGCGGCAGCGGCGGUGGCAGCCCC